GGCAAGACAUCAUCAAGGAAGUUAGAUUUAUUCACAGAGUACGUAAUGCAAACUGUAUAGAGUUUAAAGGAUGCUAUCUCAGAGAACACACUGCUUGGCUUGCCAUGGAGUAUUGUCUUGGAUCUGCAUCAGAUGUUUUAGAUGUACAUAAGAAACCUUUACAAGAGGAUGAAAUAGCCGCAGUGUGUGAGGGAGCUCUUCAGGGUCUACAAUACCUUCACAACUAUGAGACAAUACAUAGAGAUGUCAAAGCUGCCAACAUUCUUCUCACAGAGCAUGGGACUGUUAAAUUAGGUGACUUUGGUUCAGCUUCAUUAGUAAAUCCAGCCAACUCAUUCGUAGGAACACCAUUUUGGAUGGCUCCUGAAGUAAUACUUGCCAUGGAUGAGGGGCAGUAUGAUGGCAAGGUUGAUGUCUGGUCACUAGGAAUAACAUGUAUUGAAUUAGCUGAAAGAAAACCACCGUUAUUUAACAUGAAUGCCAUGAGUGCCCUGUAUCAUAUUGCUCAGAAUGACCCUCCAUCAUUAUCAACAUCUGGCUGGAACCAGUGCUUCCAUGAUUUCAUCAAGGCUUGCCUGGCCAAGGAGCCGGACAGCCGCCCCAGUGCAACACAGCUAUUACAGCUGGAAUUUGUAACAAGGGACAGGCCUAACAACGUGUUGAUUGACUUGAUAGAGAAGACAAGGAAGGUGGUACGUGGGAUGGAUAAUAAGAAUGUUGGUAGAAUAGCACAACUUUUCAAGGGUCACUCUAACAGACCAAGGGAUGAAGACACGGAGGUCAGCACAGAUGAUCAGCCGUCCGGGGAUUCAUUUGACCCCAGUGAGCCCACCGACAGCAUGAGCAGUAUAAAUGACCACAGCGAGGAUAGCAGUCAAUCAGGAAGCGUCAACAGUAUUCAACCUUCAAAGGAUGGCACUGCUGACAAUUCACAGAUGCGCAAUGAGAGGUUACCGAGUGAAAGCUUGAGUGCAAGUAUGACGUCUGAGACGACGCCAGAGCUACCAUUCACAAGAGAUGACAGCUAUCGUGAGAAUUUCAAGACUAUCAGACCUACAUCAGUUGUUACUAGACAGAUGAAAGAACAUGAGAAUGAGCAGAGGCAACAAUUUUCAGGUUACAAGAGGAUGAGAAGGCAGCAUCAGAAACAGAUUCAGCAGCUGGAAAGCAAGCUCAAACAAGAGAUGGAUGAGCUGAGAGAUAAACUAGAUAAAGAAUUCAACCAGUGUGUGCAAGCUAAUGUUAAAGAACUAGACAAGCUCUUAGGGAGGCAUACAACAGAUGUUGAGAAGAAGGAGAAAGCAGCAGGUAGCGAGGAGAAGAAACUCUUAAAGACAAUCACAUCCCAGCAUGAAUCCGACCUAAAAGCCUUCCAGAUCAAACAGAAGAAAGAUUACAAACACAACAAGGAACAAAUGAGAAGAGAGUUGGACAGUACUCCCAAGAAGGAGCAUGAAGCCAAGAUGCGUCAACACAAGGAAUCUCUUCAUCUGGAGCAGCAGAGGGCUGAAAGUGACCUGCAGGACAGGCAGCAUCAGAGGCUAGACAAAGAGAUGAGGAAACUCAAAGGAAAAUUACUACUCAGCAAACAGACCGUUGAGCAAGACCAGCUAAGAGAGGAGCUUCACAGGAGACAGGUAAUGAAGGAGAUGGAGCAUGUGAUGGCUCUACGGCACCAUGAACAGAUGCAGUCUAUCGAAUACCGUCACAUGAAGCAGAUUCAGGCUUUACGCUCAGAGCAGAUGGAGAAACAGUUCAACACGGAGGUGACCAACCAGGCUGAGUAUAACAAGACAGCUCAGCAGGACCUACGCAAGAAACAUGCACUUGAAGCAAAACAACAGCCCAAGGAACUCAAGUCCAAAGAGCAGAAGAUCAAGCGUCAGUACAGUGAAGUAUGCAAGACCCAGAUGCGUCAGUUCAAAGCCCUACAGCAGCAGGUAUUACAGACAAUGCCUCGAGAGAAACAUAAGCAGUUCAUUAAGAAGAUGAAAGAGGAACAGACAAGAAAGAUGGCCAUCUUAGGAGAACAGUACAGACUCAGCAUACAGGAAAUCAAUAUAUCAACAUCGGUUAAGUUGGAUCAGUCCCAGGAGCAAGAGUGCAAUGAGCUACAGGAACGUCUCCGCCAGGAGAUGGACCUGCUCCAUGCCUACCAGAGCAAGACUCGGCUACAGCAGGAGGCACAGCAUCAGAAGGAAAUCAAGGACCUUGAUGAACGAGUCUCCAUCAGGAGGGCUAAACUAGAGCUUAAGAUUGAAGAAGAUUCUGCCAAACUAGAGCAGGAGAAGUCAGAUCGGAAACGGAAGCUGUUUGACAGACAAAAGAGAGAAACAGGCGAGUUCAACCGAGAGAUUAGUAGCUAUGGUCUAGAGCAGCUUUCAAUCAAUGAGAUCAAGAGUGAGGUGUAUGGAGGAUCACGACCACAAUCUAUGAUUGAGACAAGAGGCAGUAACAACUCCUCACCUCGUAACGUCCGACGGGAGAACUCAUUCUCAUCAAGCUUCACAUGAUGAUGAGGGAUGCCCUGCGUUUUUUUUUUUCUUAUCCAUUAUUAUUUUUGCCAAUUUCUUUUUUGUGUUUGACUGCAUAUUUUUAUUACUCUUGCAUUGCUUCAUUGAAUAGCCACCUCCUCUUCCGCCCCAUGCUUGUAUAUGGGUGAUGUAUUGAGCUUUGUAGAGACAUACCACCCCCUGUAGCUCUGGAGGAGUUAGUAUUGAAGCCCUGUCAUGAAGUCCUUUGCUUAAUGUACUAAAUAUUCAUUCAGUGAAUGGUUGCAAAGGACCUGUGACACUUAGCAAGGUAUUGCUGAGUGAGAUAGCUGCAUGUUUUUUUUUAAUAUGCAAUAAUUCUUAUUAUAAUCACUGUACCCCAGUUAGACAUACUGUCAUGAGAAUCCAAUAUAGCUGCAUGGUGUGAUUUAGAUCAAGUCUUUUUACAUCACAAUACAAAACUGUGAUACUCACUUUCCAUUUCUUUCCUCCAAAGUUUGGUUGUACAAUACUUUUCCUAUUUGCAAUAUAUCGCAAUGGGAUUUUCUUUUUAAGUAGCAGUUGUUUGAACAAAUGCCGGAGAAUUAUUACUGUUUUCAUGUUUACAAUACAUGAAAUUCAUGAUCAUAGAUAAGGGGGGGGUGAAGGUACCGGUAUAGUAUUUUGAGCAGAAAAACAAGAAAAGCUUGAAAUCAUUACCGAUGCACUAGUUGAUUUCAAAUUAUAUUUGUGCAUAAAUGUCAAGCUGAAAGUAAAAUAUCUUGCAAUUUAUAAUCAUAGGUCACACAUAGUUUAUUUUUUUCCUUCAAAGUUCUAUUCUGUCCAUCAAAGUAAUCUAUAAUGACAGAUAACUUGUAUCCUUUUUUUUUGGUUGAGAUUAUUGGAGUGCUAUGUUAUGGCCAUGAUCGGAAAUUCCAGUUGAUAUUGAUGAUUAGCCAAACUAGGGUCAUACAUGGUGACACAUACAAAUUACUAUGUCAAGUCCCCACCAUUCUAUAUAUAAUGUGUUACUUAACACUAUGUUUUCCAAGUGUGUACGAAUAUACAGAAGUGUUUGUAACCCAGAGGUAUUUUUCAACCCUAAGCUGUCAAAUGAUAACAAGUGGACAGACAAUAUUUAUUUUUCACUUAUAGUACCAGUAUAUCUAUGGGGAUUUCAAACUUGCCACAUAGGCUCCAAUCCAAAAAUGAAUAAAACAUCAGUUUUCAAAUUGUUGUAGAAUUAUCUUUUUAGCAAAUUAUCUAUGUUCUUAUUCACACUUUUAUAACAUUUCAAAUUAUUCAAUUUUCAAGGGGAAUUAAUGAAAAACAGAAUUACGAUCUUUGAGAAAAUUGUAGUGUUGACAAUUAAAAAAGACCUGUUCAAAAACGAGAAUAUAAUCAUAUUUAACAUGUUGGGUCAUGCAGAUAAUCAUUUAUUCCCCAAGAUUCUCUAUUUUUACCUACUACUCUUAAAUCAAAUCAUGUGAGUAAUUUUUUGUCCAAAAAUUUAAAGUAACAUUAAUUGAAAAUAUGUGUAUAAACAAGAAAAAGUUAUGUAUAAAAAAACAUUUUACAUGUUACGGUACUUCUUUUCAAGUUCAGAAACAGCAUUUGUAUCAUUUAAAAUCUUAUGCUUUGCGAUACAAAGUAACAUUUCUAUAGGGUUAUUCAAAUAAACUGUUUAUGUAGCAUCUGAAAAUUGUUUACAUGGGUACCCUCUCGAGUACGUUACAAAUCUUACAAUUGAUUUUAACUUUUUAAGUCCCCCCCCCCCCGACUGACAGUUAUACUUGAAUUGUGCAAUUGAUUGUAUUUUGAAUUUUCAUGGCCCAGUUAUUUCUAUGCAAUCAAUUUAACCUGCUGUGAUCCAAUGAUACAUAGUAAUUUUAGUCGGUCAUUAUGUCAUGUGAAGUAAGUCUUGAUUUACAACACACAAAACCUGUAUGGUCUUACUCUUUUUCAUGCUCUUAUAAAGCAGGCAGCUUUUGUCCCAUACAUCCAGAUCCUGCAAUACAUAUCUCUGUUUAAAUAAUGGCAGACUUUAUACUAGUACAUGGUGACAAGUCUCUUUUUAUUCUGUAGUAUAUCAAUUGGUUUUUAUGUUUGUGUGCAUCUUCUUGGUGCUGACUUUUAUUUCUAAAUGAUUGAUCUUGAUUGUCUUCUUGUUAAGAAGCGCUUCCAUGAUAAUUGUACUCCUUUGUACAGCACACCCUGCUUCUCUACGUGAUGAACCACUCGCAUUAAUAAUAUGUUAAGAAAUGAAUAAUUGAGCUCUUGUACAAUUCCAUUGUCUGUCCUAUACACUCAUGACACUCCACAAUUGCUUCUUGUAGAGUAUAUAUCAGAAUCACUCUUUAAUUACUCCACCUGGGUUGAGUAUGGGAAAUGUAGACUAGCAUCUUGCCAAAGGAAAACAUUGCUGUAACUUGACUCAACCUAUGAUUCUUAUGAACAAGUCUGUUGCUAUACAUUGAUAUGUCAUCAAUCAUGCCCCCUUGUCCUUUCUCCUGCCUGCCCCCCCCCCUCCCUUCAUCAGGGCAUGUAUCUUUAGAAACUUAGGGUAGGCCAAGAAAAUAACCUAGAUUUGACUUUGUGGACUAUGUCUGUAUAUAUAGCAUCACAUGUAUGACAAUGCAGCAUUUUCAAGAGCUGCAGUGACCAUGGGGAUAUGUGAUUGUGAUAUUAUCGGGGUUAUUUAUGUUUUACUUGUGAAUUAAUGAAAAUAAGAAAUAGCUGUUAAAUGCCAACUUAUUUGACAUAUUUUUCCUCAUAAUUUUCAAGAGAUGUUUUUUUUUUUCAUUCUAUGCACAGUGAAAUAUAAGGUAUUGUACACAGUACUGCAAAAUUAAAGAUUUCUAAAGCAAAUGGAUUGUUAAGACAUGCAUGUAUGCAUUCUGGGGGCUGUAUUUCAAUUUCAAUGAGAUACAUAUUCUAUUUCUUGUGUGUCAGUUGUCCUUAAUAUGCAUGUAUUUAGUAUCAUACAUGCAUACCUUGUGAAAUAUGUUCAUAGACAUAUUAUAUCCUACCUAAAUGUAACAUCCCUCCACCAAUGUCUAUAUUGUGUUAAAAUAAAUAAUUUUUUCUCACCCACUUUUUUUAUAUAAUCAUGUUGCCUUCAGUGCACCGUGGUUGAAUGUGCAUUGUUUGUUUCAUUUGUUAGCCACAGUCUAUUUUUCCUUUAUACUGUGUGACUUCACUUUUUUCUUGGAUACCCUGUAGCAUCUUUGCCAUAGUGACUGUUAUGAAUAUAGUUUCUAUCAUAAAUAGAAAGAUUGUAAUAUACAAGACACCUGAGUUAUCCCAAGUUGAAGAUAACCAUGUAUUUUGUGGACAUGAAAUAAGAAUAUGCAUCGCCAGGCUAAAACGUACUAUCUUUACAAUACAUCUAAAAUAGGCUAUAUCAAUUGUAUAUGUCAAGUCAUUGUGUAUUUGCAUAGGUAUGACAUAAUUAUGUUAGGUGGGAGGGGAGUUUAUUGGGUUAUGUUGUAUGUUUCAGAAGAAAUAACUGAAUAAUAUGUUUGUUAAUUGAAAUUGAAUAAAAAAAGCCCAACAGAAAUGUUGUUGCUAUAUAUCUAUUAUCAAAA